GGAAGGCAAGGGCUCAGCCAAUGAGAUAGUGCAGGCUAGCUGGAGGGGACAGUUCAAACCGGUAGCAGCUCGGGAGCGACGCCAUGGUGAAGCAGCCACAGGCCUGCGCGAUGUUGAUGGGUGACUUUGAUUCCUCUGAUGAAGACGAUGCUGAGGAGGACACGAAGCCGUUCCUUAUUUCCUGGUUGUCUUUGCCUUCUGUCUACUCUUCUGAGUUCCUGGGAUUAUGUUCCCUUCCAGGUUGCAGGUUUAAAGGUAUUAGAAGAAAUCUUCAGAAAGAUAUAGAAGAACUAAAGAGCUGUGGUACCCGGGAUAUAUUUGUGCUCUGUACCAGAGGAGAGCUCUUAAAAUACCGAGUACCAACCCUAAUAGAUGCCUAUCAACAGCAUGGGAUCUGUGUGCACCACCAUCCUAUUCCCAAUGGGGACGCACCUGACAUUGCAAAGUGCUGCAAAAUCCUGGAAGAGCUCAGAAGCUGCCUGGAAAGUAACAGGAGAACAAUCAUACACUGUUACAGUGGCCUUGGACGCUCAUGUCUCAUAGCUGCAUGUCUCCUGCUUCAGCUUUCGGAUGCUCUGGCACCUCAACAAGUGAUUGACAGCCUCAGAAACCUGAGAGGAUCUGGGGCGAUACAGACCAUCAAGCAAUACAAUUACCUCCAUGACUUCCGAGAGAACCUGGCUGCACACCUGGUGACAAAGAGUACAACACCGAGAUCGGUGUCGCGGUAACGAAUACCAGCGUGGUAUGUCUUUGUGUCUACAUGGCUGUAGCAGGCAGACACCUGGGCAAGACACCUCACUCCUGACCUUUACAGUCUCAUCGGUAUUGCAUGUAUGACACAGCUGCUCACUUCCAAAUCUGUGUGUAAAGCUUUGGGAUGUGGGGGAAGGAAAUCCUACAGGACAUUCAGCAUCUUCCUCUAUUUGGUAGUUUUUAACAUGCAUGGCCUUAAAAACACAUGGGAGUGUACUUGUAUUCAUUGCUGUUCUGCUGGUGGCCUACAUGCCUCAUCUCCUGCACUUAUUUGUAAUAUUAUAAUGACUUUUGCACAAUGUCUUUACUUAUAACAUCACUUGGUACCAGCCACACGUCUACUGCCACUUAACUGGUAUGGUGAUAUUUUCAUAUUGAGGUCCAAAAAGGGUUGCUUCCAAAGGGUGUACUUUCCAAGCAGAAGAGAGACUAGGCUGGCAAAGUAACGACUAUAUUUCAGUUUGAUUUCAUCUCCAAUUCACAUACUGUGAGAAUUGGGACAAGCUAUUGGAUGUGAAUGUAGGGUCUGUGAGGAAACAGAAUAGCCUGUAACUCCUCACAGCUAAGUGCAGACUCCUGAUACUGAUAGGCUGGAUUUUACUGUAGUGUGUCAGGGAGGGAAAAGGAGGGGAAGUGAAGGGUAACUCCUCUGCUGCCUUUGUAAGAAUGUCAUGCCAGGGUUAAUGUAGCUAGAUAAAAAUUACACUGGGGCUGUUUAAGAAAAAUCCCUUGUUUCUAGCUUUAAACCGACUGAAAGUCAAGUAUGAAGUUUCCUGCUGGAGUGUGCUUGCUCUUCUCAACUAGUAAGAGCUCAUUCUGAAACAUUACAGUUCUGCUCUUGGUGUGUCCAGUGCUACUUAAGAAUGACACCCCUCAUUCCCAAAGGAGGUUUUGUACUGAAGAUCUGUGACAAACCAAGCAAGUGGGGUUUUACAUGAAUGUGGUAGGAAGAGCUGCUGCCCUGUAGCUGCGUGAGUUUGUGGUACAGCAUUUCUGCAUACUAA